CUUUGCCGUCAGUCGAUUGUCAACAUUCAGUACGAUCAGACUCAUUAGGUUAAUUUUUAGUUAACAACAAAGAUAAUUAGUUUUAUUUUCAAAAAGUACAACAAACAAAAUUAAUAAACAAAAUGACAACUUUCAAGCAAGUUCCUCUCACAUGCGGUGGCCAUACUAGACCAGUCGUGCAUUUGGAUUUUAGUGACGUUACAAAAGAUGGGUAUUAUUUAAUUUCGGCCUGCAAAGAUGGCAAGCCCAUGCUACGACAAGGUGAAACAGGUGAUUGGAUUGGCACAUUUGAAGGUCACAAAGGUGCCGUGUGGGGGGUAGCUCUGACACAAAAUGCUAAUCUUGCUGCAAGUGGCGCAGCUGAUUUCUCAGCAAAAAUAUGGGAUGCUCGUUACGGUGAAGUGGUACACACGUUUGAACACGAACACAUUGUAAAGAGUGUAAACUUCAAUGCUGACGACUCUCAGCUCCUUACUGCAAGCAAUGAGAAACUCAUACGUGUAUUUGACCUCAACAAACCUGAAGCAGGAGCUCUGGAGAAAAUAAGCGCGCACACGAGUAGCAUCAGACACGCAGUGUUUCUUCAUAACUCACGCAUAGUCAGCGUGAGCGAUGAUCUCACAAUGAGAGUCUGGGACCGUACUAGUGGACAGGAGGUCCAAAAAGUAGAGUUCCCAACCAUACCUAACAGUUUAGAACUGUCUAGAGAUGGAGCUAUAUUGACUGUGGCUCAUGGUACAAAUGUAUCUUUCUAUUCUUCCGACACAAUGCGCAAAAUGCGCGAAUUCCCGGUGCCAACGAAAUGCUAUUCAGCAUCGCUUGCGCCAAGCCGUGCGACUUUUGUCUGCGGCGGUGAAGACUUAAAAGUCUAUAAAUUUGAUUAUAAUACAGGAACAGAACUUGAAUCGAACAAAGGUCACUUCGGUCCGGUGCACUGCGUCCGGUGGUCGCCGGACGGGGAGCUGUACGCGACGGGGUCGGAGGACGGCACGGUCCGGCUGUGGCAGGCCGUGCCGGGCCGCGUGUACGGCCUGUGGCGCCGGACCAACGAACACACGCCCGUGCUCAACGGGUUCAAGGAGGUCGCGGCCAACUGAUAUCACUGUGGCUACCAAAAGGGUCAAGGUGCAGUGACAGUGCAAUCAAAAUUGUUCACUUGGUGGCAACACUGUGUUGUGGUGUAAUUGUCACCAGGCCAUGUGUAUAAUGAACUUAAAGGGGGACUAGCCUGAAAAAAUCAAGACUUUUUAAGUAUUCAAGGUAAAUUUUAAGAGUUUGUGUUGUUUAUUUUUUUUUGCAACACUAAUUUUUUAUACUCAGACCUAAUGUAUUUAUUGUAAAAAGGAAACUAAAUAGACUUGAUAUGCAACAAAAUAAAGUGAUUUGUAAAUAUUUUAA